AUGUGGAAGAGGAUCGACCAUCAGCCCAAGAUCAGAGCAGGGGAUGGGCCUCAGGCAGGCCAGUACAAGGAACUGGGUUCAGCUCAGGAACCUGCCGUGUCACACCCUCUAGAGCUGUCAGAAUACCAGAGCUUCCCGGUGUUCGAGGACAUCAGCCACCACAUCAAAGAAGCGGGGCCCCAACUGGUAAAGAAAGUCAAUGCCAUCUUCCAGCUGGACAUCACCAAAGAUGGGAAGACCAUUCUGCAGUGGACCAUUGACCUGAAGAGUGGCUCUGGGGACAUGUAUCCAGGAUCCGCCAGGCUCCCAGCAGACACUAUCUUCACAAUCCCGGAGUCUGUCUUUAUGGAAUUGGUUUUGGGCAAAAUGAACCCUCAGAAGGCUUUCCUUGCUGGCAAGUUCAAAGUGAGUGGCAAAGUUCUGCUUGGCCAGAAGCUGGAGAGGGUUUUCAAAGACUGGGCUAAAUUUUAA